UCGAUAUUCUUUACAAUUACCCAAGCUUUUAUAUUUAUUUUUGGACAGCGAGUAAUAGUUACGGUGAUAAAUACUGACAAGUGAUUACAUAGUGUUGAUUACUGAUAAUAUAAGUAUUCUUUAUUUGAUUGUUUAGUGUAUUGAUUGGCGCUUCAAAAACAUACCUGCGUGAUUUUACAGAAAAUGGAUAAAGUCUAUCAACACUGGAGGGGAUGUGUGACUCUUUUGCUGUUUUCCUUUUUAUCAGCUGCUCACGCAAUAGACUGCUUCAAAUGUGUGUCAAUGAAUGGCAAAUUUCCAGCGUGUGAUGAUCCCUUUCACAACAACCAUUCCCUACAAAUGCUGGAGUCGCCAUGUAUGGGAGGAAGAAAAGGCAGAGAUGGACUCUUCCCAGCCACUUCUUGCAUUAAAAUUGCUGGUGUUUUUGAUGACACAGGUGAAUCAAUAACAGUGCGAGGCUGUGGUUUGGAUUCCGGUACAGCGACGACUGAUACGGAAAUUAUCAGAAUGUCGCAUUGUGGGCGCUUUUAUUACAAUGACAGAUAUGUCCACGGCUGUCUUCAGAGCUGUAACGACGCGGACGCGUGUAACGGGACGAACAGUGUCCUAUCAUCUCUAAUUAUUAUAUUUACAGCACUAGUUCUCGUUUUUAGAAGCUAGCAAUAAUUAGAAUUUUAACUCCAAUUGAAGAUUGCUUUUAAGUUUCUUAAUAAAUCAUAUUUAUAACACUUUUAUCAAAGGUAUCGGCUGGUGAUCACGACUUAAGUGAAAAUAAUGUAUUUCUGUUGAAAAUGCAACUCUUAAUUUGAUUUCAAUCUAGACCCAAUAUGUAUAUUAAUGUAAAACCUAAAAAUAUCAGUCAUUUCAAAUAUUGACUCAAAGUUGCAUUAUAGUCUAUGGAUAAGAUUCUUACUUGAUGUCUUUUAGCCUUGAGGUCCUGAAUUCUGUGAACCAAUGGAUAUUCUAUGUGCGCAUCUAACACCGAGCAAAACAGUGAAAACCGUUUACUCGGUGACACGUGUCAGACAAAACGCUGUUCUACUUGUCUAUGAAAUGUCAUAGACAAGUAGAACAGUGAAUAAAACCAGAUGUAAUCUGUGGCCCAUAUACGGGUUAUAUUCUGGAUUAUUAUUACUAUCCUCGAUUCUGAAUUGUAACCUAUGCACUAUUCGGUAAGUAUUGUUUCAGAUUAGUCCACAGUAAAAAUCAUUUAAAGGAAUGGAGUCAAUUGGAGUGUAAUAUUAUUUAUGCUUUAAAAUUACAAAAUACGGGUCUGUGUCCACUAUAAUUACUAUCACCCCAUUACAUAGAUUUCGUGCUUUCAUUAGAUGCAUUAUAUUUAAUAUAAUUCGAUUAUUAGGUUUCAAAGUACUCGUGUAAACCAAGAAUAUCCUAGGAAUUUACUUUUAUUGGGGUUAGUCACAUAUGCCCUCAGCACAGAGUCCUUUCUCUGUAACUUCCACUAAUAUAUCAACAAUUUAGUUCUCUCAAUAUCCUUGUUACAGUGUAAGGACACCGAGCAGUGUUUAUCAAGGGGCUUAGACAAGAUGCCUUAACAGUAGUGUAUGUAGAAAGUCGAAUACUUUUACGCAAGACUUCAUAACUUACACUGCUACUAAGUAUUAUUAUUAUUAUAUUCAUUUUUUUGCGACUGCGAGGUGCAGAAUGACUGGCAGAAUGACCAGCGCUGUGGAACAGUCUGCUCCUCAGCAUAAUGCUGAGCCAUGGGCCACAU